AUGCCAAAGAUCAUGCUGCUCCUGCUGCUGGUCUGCUGGACACAGGCGCAGCCGGCGGCGGAGGAGACUCCGCCUGGGGCGGGCGUGAAGGUGUCGUUCCGGCCGAGCGUGGCCAUCGUGGUGGGCAUCUUCACCAUGAUCUUCUCCCUCACCUUCCUCCUCCUCAUGUACGCCAAGUUCUGCCACCCCGCCAACACGCCCCUCCUCCCCGCCACCACCACCGCCAGCCCCUCCCGCGCGCCCGCCCCCGACGCCUUGAUCGAGUCGGAGGCCAGCGCCGGCGUGGGCAAGGCGGUCAUCGAGUCGCUGCCCUUCUUCCGGUUCGCGGCGCUGCGCGGGGCGCGGCAGGGUCUGGAGUGCGCCGUGUGCCUGGCCCGCUUCGACGACGCCGACCUGCUCCGCCUGCUCCCCCGCUGCCGCCACGCCUUCCACCUCGACUGCGUCGAUCGCUGGCUGCACUCCAGCGCCAGCUGCCCGCUCUGCCGCGCCCGCGUGCACCCCGACGACGCCGACCUCGGCCUCAAGUACGCCGCAGCCAGCGCGCGCUUUGUCUUCGGCGCAGGCGACGACGCAGCCGCCGUCGCUGCCGGCCCCGCGCCGUCGUCCGGCCGCGACCUCCUCGCCGGCAUCUUCGUCGAGCGCGUGCCGUCGGCGCGCUUCGGUGGCGAUGCUGCUGAUGACUCUAACACUAAGCUGGACCGGCACCGGCACCGCAUCGUGGUGUCGGACAGCGUGUUCAAGAGCCGGUGGAGCGACCUCAACUCGGCGGACCUCAUCGCGCUGGACACCGAGAUGCUGCGCUCCGUCUCCAGCGGGCGCUUCCCCUACCCGUAUCCCGACGACGACAUUAUCUUGGUGGGAGAGGAGCAGGAGCACGACCGAGACGAUCACGACGGCGCCCGCAUGUCCAUUGAGAUUCAGAAGAAGCGGCUGCUGGAGGUGGAGAGCGGGAGCGGCAGCAAGGGGUUGGGACUGGGAGGGUGCGGCGGGUCGGAGGCGGCGGCGUCGAGGCUGGUGUCGUCGGGCGUGCGGUCCAUGUCGGAGAUGGUGCGGCUGCCUCGGGUGGCGGUAAGGGCGACGGAGGAGGAGGAGAGGGCGCGGCAGCGGUGGGUGCCCAUCGCGCGGCGGACGGCGCGGUGGUUCGCCGCGAGGAGCAGGGAGGAGGACCGCCUCCGUGUGUAA